AUGGCGGUCAGCAAAAAGUUAAACCGGAAGAAGACGAUGGCUGGCGUAGUGCGCGAGUCGUCCAUGUUGGACAGGGUGCUGACAACCACCGACCUGACGGCUUUGGGCGUGGGAAGCACCAUUGGCGUGGGGGUGUACGUUUUACCCGGUGCCCUAUCAAAGUACGUGGCCGGUCCUGCGGUCGUCGUGUCGUUUUUCAUCGCCGCUGUUGCCUCCGUGUUUGCCGGACUAUGUUAUGCUGAACUUAGCAGUCGAGUCCCCAGGGCAGGAUCAGCUUACUCGUAUGCUUAUAUCGCCGUUGGUGAAUUAGCAGCAUUCAUAGUUGGAUGGAAUCUACUACUAGAAUACACAAUAGGUGGCGCGAGCAUAGCCAGAGGAAUGAGUCCUUUAUAUCGAUCGCUAACUAAACAAGAAUAUGGAAACAGCUUUCAGAGGACUUUAUGA